GUUGUAUUGACAUCAUCCUCCGUCUCGAGGAAUGUCAUCGGUCAGGUUUUUUCAAUAAGUAUUUUGGCGGAUGUAACGGUAUUAAAAAAGAACUUAAUGAAUGCUUAACUGCAGAGUAUCAAGUUAAAAGACGAAAAAAUGCAGAAGAAGCAAAGAAAAGAAGGGAAAGAGUGGAGGCAGUGUGGAAAGAGAUGGAUGAAAUAAAACAAAAGAAAGAUUUGUGA